AACUGAUUUUUGGUUUCUCUGUUUAAAAAAAAAAAGUCCAUAAAAUUAAUUGGUUUUGGAUUUCAAUGUAACUGUAAAUAUGUGAAACUGUAUUUGUCUUUGUGUUUGAAACUAAAUUUGGUGUGGUGGUAGUGAAGGAUGAGAGGGAGGGAGGGAGAGUGUAUGCAACAGGAUGCCACUAAUGUUCCCUGGCUGUAGCCCACUGCACAGCAGUGAGUGGUGUGGAUUUCAGCCUGGGUAAAUUGUUUGAAAUAAGUGAAAAUUAAUGGGAUCAGCAUCAGCCUCACAAGUGAAUGACUGAAUAAAUGCAAUAAAAGGCUAAUUGACAACGCUAUUAUUCUGUUCCUCACUGAUUACAGGGUUUUUGUUGUUGUAAAUUUGAGUACAUGCAUUAUGUAACUUGUAAAAUGAAGUAUUAGUGGAGACCUUGCUACAACACUAUUGAAAAUCUUCCCUUUUUGUGAGAUAGGAGGUUUAGAGAAUAGUGAGAUUCUUUUGUGUGUUGAAUCUUAGUUCUGUUCCUAAUGGUGAAAGUGCUGAAAUUAUGUAUCUCACUGUGAUCUGGUACUUCGGUAUUUGCAUAAACCGGCAGUCCUGUAUAUUCUUUUGGCAAACUGUAAAUAUAAAUGUUUCAUAUUAGCAUAGCUGAAUUUUUGAGGUACAGACAUUUGUGUGAGAUUAGAGAACUUUAUUUCUAAGAACUUGUAAAAAAAAAAAAAAAUAUUUUCAAUAAAAUUCCCUACCUCACCUCUAUUGUGCAGAAAUUAUCCCAUUUCCUAUGUUAAAUUUUCCAACUUCACUUGUAGAUGCAAAUAUCCCUUUUUUGUUAUUAGCAAAAAUAGUAUUUUCCAUUAAAUCAAUCAAAUAGUGAAUUACUUUAAGUUUGAAGUAUAAUGUAUUUCCUUUGUUUCGUUCAGUGUAUGGUGCUCAGGUUUAGGAACACAUGGUAAAUAGUAUUUGCACACAACAAAGGCAAAUUCUAGACGUUUUAUGGCAUCUGAAGAGAUGCAUUUAUCUUUUCCCACACUCUGCCUGUGUGUAAUUUAAUUGUAAAGGGAUUGGCCGUGAUUGAUACUGCUUUGGUUUUUUGUUACUUUCAUGGCACAGGGGAGGGAAGUGGGAGGGGAAGAGGGGAGUGACAGGAACCUUCUCUUUGUAAGACCAUGGAUGGAGAGGUUCCUAGUCUUCUUUGUGUGAAGGGGAUUGAGGAAACAAUGAGUUUGCUUUCUUUAAUUGUAGUUGUAAAUACACAAACUGAUAAUGAGAUCUAAAAAUAGAUGUCUUAAAAGAUUUUCAAGUUACUAUAAAAUGAGCUAGCUAAUUAAUCCAUCCUUUCUCUGAAAUAUUUAACUCCUUACACUUCGGGGGACAGGAGGAGAGAGCCAGAAGUUCUCCCUCCAUGUUGCUGCAGGGAAUGACAUUCCUGGAGAAGGAAUAUCCUGCAGAGCUGGACAGAAUGAACUUAAAUCAAUAAUCUUCACUUGUUAAAGUUGGAAGUACUUGGUUUUGAUUCCUCUAUGUUCCCCCACUCAAGUUGAACCAAUUUUCUUGCCAUAGUUGAGAGGCUGUUUUGGCAAUACCUGUAAACCUCACUUUCUGAAGCUGCCUCGUGGCAUGGGUCCCUUUAGGAAAUAGGGGAGAAAAGAUUAGUCUGCUCUGGGGGUUGGAAUCAUUUCCUCAGGAGAGAUUUUGAUCUUUUUAGCUUGUAUGCAAGAACUGGACUUGAGAUAGGGUUGUAGCAAAUAGCACCAGUUCCUGCCGAACUUUGUGAGAAAGGCGUGCAAGAUGAUUAUAGUUUUGAGCCUGAAUCUUAAAGAUUGUGGGUUUUCUGAGCUUGAUGUCUGUGUUCUUGAGAAAAAGAUCAGUGCAUGUAUUUUGAGAGGAAUAUUUUGAUGUCAUUGGUGUCUGUAGUUUUGAGACCAGUGCAGAAUAGUUGGGUUGGCAAGUCUUAAGAAAGCUAACAUUUUCCUGAGUGACAGCUCAGAGCUUUAAAUGUUAUUGCAUAGAAUAAAUAUUAGGUAUCCUCUAAAAUGGUAAAGGGACGUGCUUUCACAUGCUUGAAUUUUAACUCCAAAUGUUGAGGAAUCUUGGUGUUACAGAGUAGUUGUACCUGCUCCCUGGUAGCCUGCAUGCUUUUUAUAAUGCAUUCUUCACCUCUCUCUUGCUUCUGGCCCACAGUUUUAGGAAUAAAUACUGUGCUGUACAUUAAAAAAAAAAAAAAAGCUUGCCCUCCUUAAAUACAAUAAAUCAUAAGGCAAGUGUGUCCCUUUUCAGAGUUACUCAUCGCCAAAAAAUAAAGGAUUUAAGGUUUUUCAACUGUUUUCCUUAUUAACGGGUUAUCUGAAUGAUCUGGAUUCUGAUGUGAAAAAUCUCUAAUCUCCAUAAGUAAGAAAUAUGCAGUUGUCAGACUUGUCUGUAGAAUGUUCUACUAUGCCAGACCCAGCUGAGCUACCCAACAUGCCCUAAAACAAUAUGACUGUUUCACUGUGCUGAGCACAGGGCUGGUAUGCAAUCACAUAACCCUGGUUCUCAAGCAUGCUUAAAGAAUCUUUGUUGCAAGUACUGGCAUUAGACAACAAUCUCCUUCUCUAAAUCUGGUUAAACAAAAGCAAAAAUUCACUUUCAUAUUUUGGUAAAGUUCUCAGGUUUGGGUUUUACAAGCUUUAGUGCUAACUAAAAAGAUGGAAAUUAACUUUAGUUUAAUUAGCUGAACUAACCGUUACACUCAGACUCUUAAGUAACAAUUACUAGCAUGAAUAGUAGGGAACUCAGACUUUAACAGAGGAUGUUAGUUUUGAAUAUAAGAUGUGUAUAAGGAGGAGGUUCAUAGCUCUGAACAUUUUUAAUUAAUUGCAUGUCAUAAAGCAUUCCCACUCUUUCCCUGUUCAUUUCAAUAUCACUUCAUGCUAAGUAAAAACUCAUGUUUAUUUGCAGCCUUUUUGGAGACAUUACCUUAAUCUUAGAAGAAUUAAUAUACAUUAUGGAAUUAUGUACAUCCUACCCGAGUUCAUGUGCCAGGGCUUCUACCUUUAUUCAGCAAGGUAAUUUAAUGUGAAGAUGCUCAAGUUACCAUGGAUUUUGACAUGAGGACCAGCUGGUAUUCCUCAAAGUGGGACUGAUAACUGUUUAAACUUUGAAGAUUUCUGUAAUGCUAAGAUUUCUCUUUAUACUGGCAUGAUGUUCUGUUAUUGUUAUGUGACAUCAUACCUACAGAAACUAUUAAUAAAGAAUUUUGCUAGAAGUA